CUCCAGAGAGGUGGGGGGAGGCUAUUUUAUAUGUGAUUUUGUUGUUGUUGUUAGGGAACACGUGCAGUCAAAUGUAUCUUGGUAAAAGAUCACUGCUCGUCACAAAGAACAGAUAUCCCAAGUUAAUGAUUAUAGGGCUUUUCUAUGUAUGGGAAGCGGGGUUCAUUAAAACUCUUCGUGAAAUGCAUGUGUCUAAGGGCCUGUUUGUCCAAAGCACAGAGCCUCCCGUUUUCAUCUUUAAAUUUCCUCUGAAGCACAGAGUGCCCAUCCUGUUAUCACCUUAAUCUCUUCAUCUGAAGCAUCCAGUGCCCUGUUGUUCAGCGGCUGCAGCGGGUUAAUCUUUGAAGACUUGGAUGAAUACCCACUGUGGAGACAGGAUGAAGUUGACCAGUGAAAAGUUGCCCAAGAACCCCUUUUAUACUUCUCUAUCCCACUAUGCUGCUAAUAACCAAAAACUCUUCCAAUGGAGAAAGGAAAAGACUGAUCAUUACAGCCAUGCUGGUUUGGUGGAAAAAGCAUUGCACCUCUUGAAGGAAAGAAUAAGAAGAGGGGAUACUCUGGCAUAUUUCCUACGAGGUCAACUGUAUUUUGAAGAGGGAUGGUAUGAAGAAGCAUUAGAACAGUUUGAAGAAAUCAAGGAAAAGGAUCAUCAGGCAACUUACCAGCUAGGAGUGAUGUAUUAUGAUGGCCUGGGGAUGACCGCAGACGCUGAAAAAGGAGUGGAAUAUAUGAAGAAAAUUGUUGAUUCUCCAUGUCCCAAAGCAAGACACUUACAAUUUGCAGCAGCUUACAACCUUGGAAGAGCUUAUUAUGAAGGAAAAGGCGUUAAACAAUCAGACGAGGAAGCUGAAAGACUGUGGCUUUUUGCUGCAGACAAUGGAAAUCCAAAAGCUAGUGUGAAGGCUCAAAGUAUCCUAGGAUUGUAUUACUCAACAAAGGAACCCAGAGAGUUAGAGAAGGCAUUUUAUUGGCAUUCAGAAGCUUGUGGCAAUGGAAACCUGGAAUCCCAGGGUGCACUUGGGCUCAUGUACUUUUAUGGGCAAGGCAUCCACCAGGAUACCGAGGCUGCCCUGCAUUGCUUGAGGGAAGCAGCAGAGCGUGGAAAUGUUUACGCUCAAGGGAAUCUCGUGGAGUAUUACUAUAAGAUGAAAUUUUUUACAAAGUGUGCUGCAUUUUCCAAAAGGAUUGCUGACUACGAUGAGAUUCAUGACAUCCCCAUGAUAGCCCAGGUCACGGACUGUCUCCCAGAAUUCAUCAGCAGAGGCAUGGCCAUGGCCUCUUUCUACCACGCACGGUGUUUGCAGCUUGGCUUGGGUAUCACAAAGGAUGAAGCAACAGCUAAACACUAUUAUUCUAAACACUUAUGUUUCAUAUCAAGAACUUGGCAUAUCAGGAACUCAGCAGUGCGUUGAAUAUUUUUAUUAUACCAUGACGGGCAUUUUGCUGUCCAACAAGGCUCUGAAGCAUAUCUGAAAAAUUAAGUUUAUAUUCCACGCUGCUAUUGAUGAAGUGCACCCUGCACGGACCUUCAGUGAGGGGCUACGACAUACGCACACACAGCACGUAAAGGCACGCAGA